GUGGAGCCGAUGGAGGGGGGUCAGUGGGGAAGGAGGACUGAAGACAGGUCUCCCCACACAGCUCCAGGAGCCACAGUCGCAGCCUUGUCCGUCUGUCUGGAACCUGCUCCCGCCUCAGGCCCAGCUGACAGGGGUGGGUAGGUGAGCUGCACAAUGGGUUCUGAGCUGGAGACGGCGAUGGAGACUCUCAUCAAUGUGUUCCAUGCCCACUCGGGCAAGGAGGGGGACAAGUACAAGCUGAACAAGAAGGAGCUGAAAGAGCUGCUGCAGACCGAACUCUCUGGCUUCCUGGACGCCCAGAAGGAUGCGGAGGCUGUGGACAAGGUGAUGAAGGAGCUGGAUGAGAACGGAGAUGGGGAGGUGGACUUCCAGGAGUACGUGGUGCUGGUGGCUGCCCUCACGGUGGCCUGUAACAACUUCUUCUGGGAGAACAGUUGAGCAGACAGCCCCAGCGGGCCGCGCCCUUCCCCUCUGCCCUGCCAUACCUGCCCCUACACCCUGCUUUCCUUCGUCCCCACCUUCCCCUCCCCAUAGUCCCACCUUUGCCCACCCUCCAACAAGGGCGCAAGAGUAGUGGGCCAGACCUGCAACUCGUCUUUCAUUAAAGGCUUCUCUCUCAACA